UGCCAGAUCAAUUUGGGCUCUCUCCUACUUAUCUCUGUUUCUUGGUUUAUUCUAUCACUCAAAGCUGUUAUUCUUGAAUGCUCAAUUUACCAUUGAAUUACUCCGUUUAUUGUUUGGGUAAUUGAAGACUUUAAGAAUGUCUACGCUCUCUGUGGAUGUGACUCAAAAUGGUAGUGUGGGUACUUCUGCGGAACUUGAAGAAUAUGAUUUUUCGAGGUUACCAGGUAGGCCAAGGCAUUUAAAUAUGGAGAGACAGAGAUCAUUUGACGAAAGAUCGCUCACCGAAUUACCAGUGGGACUGUCACCUUAUCCCCCUUCUAGAUCAGACAACUUUUACAGAGUUUUUGACCACUUUGAUGUGCUCUCCCCGGGUAAAAGGUCAGGCUUUAAUACCCCUAGAUCACAAUUUGGACUUGAGCCACAUCCGAUGAUUGCUGAAGCUUGGGAUGCUCUGAGGCGUACAUUAGUAAACUUUCGUGGUCAACCAGUUGGGACAAUUGCAGCAUUAGAUAAUUCAGAAGAAAAACUUAACUAUGAUCAGGUGUUUGUGAGAGACUUUGUCCCAAGUGCAUUGGCUUUUCUGAUGAAUGGGGAACCUGAGAUAGUCAAGAAUUUUCUUUUGAAGACUCUUCGCCUUCAAUCAUGGGAGAAAAAGAUUGAUCGAUUCCAGCUGGGAGAGGGUGUGAUGCCAGCUAGUUUUAAAGUGCUUCAUGAUCCAGUCAGGAAUACUGAGACCUUAAUAGCUGAUUUCGGUGAGAGUGCAAUAGGUAGAGUGGCACCUGUUGACUCUGGCUUUUGGUGGAUCAUAUUGCUUCGGGCAUACACAAAGUCAACAGGAGACUCUUCCUUGGCAGAAAUGCCUGAAUGCCAGAAGGGUAUGCGUUUGAUACUGAGUUUAUGUAUUUCUGAGGGGUUUGACACAUUUCCAACUCUUCUUUGUGCUGACGGAUGCAGUAUGAUUGAUCGUAGAAUGGGUGUUUAUGGGUAUCCAAUUGAAAUACAAGCGCUUUUCUUUAUGGCUUUAAGAUGCGCUUUGCUUUUACUCAAGCAAGAUACAGGAGGGAAAGAGGUUAUCGAACGAAUAGUUAAGCGCCUUCAUGCAUUGAGCUAUCACAUGAGAAACUACUUUUGGUUAGAUUUAAAGCAGCUUAAUGGUAUAUAUCGAUACAAGACCGAAGAAUAUUCUCACACAGCAGUCAACAAGUUCAAUGUAAUGCCAGAUUCUCUGCCAGAAUGGGUUUUUGAUUUUAUGCCAUUGCAUGGUGGCUACUUUAUUGGGAAUGUUGGUCCUUCAAACAUGGAUUUUCGUUGGUUUUGCUUGGGCAAUUGCAUAGCAAUUUUGUCUUCCUUAGCCACCCCUGAACAGUCUACUGCAAUUAUGGAUCUUAUAGAAUCGCGUUGGCAAGAGUUGGUUGGUGAUAUGCCCCUAAAGGUUUGUUAUCCUGCCAUUGAAAGCCAUGAGUGGAGGAUUGUGACAGGAUGUGAUCCAAAAAAUACCAGAUGGAGCUACCACAAUGGAGGAUCUUGGCCAGUGCUUUUAUGGCUCCUCACAGCUGCAUGUAUCAAGACUGGACGCCCCCAAAUUGCGAGACGUGCUAUUGAACUUGCUGAAACCAGAUUAUCAAAAGAUGGAUGGCCUGAGUAUUAUGAUGGAAAGCUUGGUCGAUAUAUUGGGAAGCAGGCUCGUAAAUACCAGACAUGGUCCAUUGCUGGUUACUUGGUGGCAAAGAUGAUGCUGGAAGACCCUUCCCAUUUGGGUAUGGUGGCACUCGAGGAUGACAGACAGAUGAAGCCUGUCCUGAAAAGAUCAGCUUCGUGGACUUGCUGAUAUAAAUUUGUGUGUCUUCUUGUGAUCCACUUUUGAUCCUUCAACCUUCUCUUAGGAUGGGGCAAAAGAAGGGGUGGGAGGAAGAAUUGAGCUACUAACAUUUUUCCUUAGAUUUCAAUUGGGAAAUCCUUAUUGCAAAUAAAGUGUCGGUAGCCUGUAUUUAGUAUUCUGUUCUUUUAUUGAUGCAAAUGCCAAGCCG